AUGGGCGGAUCAGUGUCUCGAGAACACGCGAGGUUGCCCUUUGGCUACACCCAUGCCCGCAAGGAGGAUCAUUCGUGCAGUGCCUCUGCCUCCUCCAGGCGUCAGCGUAUCGCCAACCGGUUACUGCUCCUCAAAAGUCAAGACUCGACCACCUCUGUCACCCCACUCCAAUCCCCCCACCACCGCCUCCCUCUCCCCGAAGACGGGUCCCACCCUGGUAGUGCCGCCACUGGAGCGACUGGACCCACAGCGAAUGGAGAGGGAGGACUUGUUGGACCGGCUGGAUCCAUGGCCGCCCACCUGUCGCUCCCGUCCGUCUCCAGCCAGGAUGACGACGACGAGGACGAUGGCGAUAAUGCGGAAAUUGUGUCGUUGAGCUCGAUUCUGAAUCAAGGUCCUGAAUUCAAAUUGCAAUGGCAUGCCGUCAGUCAGGAUCUAGAUCUGCAUCCCAAUGUCCACACCUACCCAUACCCAUACACCUAUCCCAUCCCAUACCCAGAAGCGUCGGUUGAUGUUGGCACGGAGUCCGAGGUGGCAGCGAAGUCAUCGACACUGAUAGCGGAUGCCCAGGUCCAGGUCCAGGCCACGGAGGAUAAUAACCACCACCAUACGAUGAUGGCGUCUUCCGCUUCGUCUCCCUCCUCCUCCUCCUCUUCGUCUAAUAUUCGAUCUCCUAUCUCUGCAAUUGCUUGUGCUUGUGCUCCCAUUGCUAAUGCUGCUGCUCCUUGUGGUGGUGAUGAUUAUGAAACGGCUGCAGGAGGUGCCUGUUUUAACCCUGGGCUGGGCUCUCUAGCCUCGCUAAUGCUCACAUCAGCCACAGCACCAGCAGCACCAACAGCCAACCACCACUACAAGGACGACAACAAGGACAGGGAGAAGGACGCCCAUUUGACUGAUCCUCUUGGUCCCCUAGUUAUCACCAGUCAAACUCACGCGUCGCACCUGUCUCAGCCUACCGUCACCAUCUCCGCCGCCGCAGUCACCGCCACCAAUACUCAUCUGAACAACAUCCAUAACCAUUACCCACAUGCUCUCUCCCUGUCCGCCUUGCCUUCACCCGACAACACCCUCUGCGACAAAAUCAGCAACAACAACGAUGACGAGCUGAACGUAGCCUUCGACAGCAGCACCAACAACGAUUCGACUACUAUCAGUCAUCAACAACAAGAAGAAAACAACACUGAGGCCGUCCAUACCUCAACAACGCUAAGCUUGGAUCCCCUUCGACAAUCUUCGUCGCAGCAGGAUCUAAUCGGAUCAGCUAGCACUGUCUUUGAGGACGACUUUGACGAUUCUGACGAUGAAUUAAAGGGACCCAGCGACCGCAAGAUGGACCUGAUGGCAGCCUUGGGAAUCGCUGACAUGCCCGACCGCGCACCCAGCCCUGGACCUCAGGACAUCCCAUUCAGUUUUUUCACAGAGGAGCCCACCUUCCACGCCUUCCAGGAUCCAACAAGCUGUCAGCUCUUCAACAACACGAGGCGAUACACGACCGACGGUGGUGGGUACUUAAAGGGCAAAGAGGUUGGUAGACCCUGGAUGGACAUGACCGACGAAACCGUAGUUCAUCUGCCACUGGACUUUUUCGAUCGCUAUGGAACUUCUCAACAGGAUUUGGACGUUGAUUAUAUGGGUGACGACUUUGAUGGCGAGCUCGAACAGGAAGAGUUACCACGGUCGUCUCGUCGACUGGGCAAGCGGUUGAGUCUUGGAAACGCGGGCUACCCAGCUUCGGGAGUUAACUAUGGCGGACAUAAUGUAACGGCAAACUCGGCGAUGAUGAUGAACAUGAUGAUGCUCUCUGCUCCGGACGAGGAUGUCGCCCAUUUGAGUCCUAUUCCCUUCUCUGAACUCCCAAGUUUGACCAACAUUGGUCUUUGCUCCCACGGAAUCGUCAAGCUGUCGUCCAACAUUCGCCUCCUCUCAUCCACCACCUGUCUUCAAGUUUGCUGCAACGAUCUAUGUGCGAUCCCACCCGAGAUUGGCUUCCUCCGCAACCUGACACUUCUGGACCUCUCCAAGAACAGCCUAAUGACCAUCCCAGACACGAUCCGGUUCCUCACAAAACUCGUCGACCUUCGUCUAAAUAGUAACUUUAUCGACACCCUUCCCCCCUCGAUUGGCGAACUCACAAAGCUGACCCACCUCAGUCUCGAGAACAACCAACUCAAACGCAUACCCCGUCAAUUGGGUCGACUCAAGGCCUUGACACACCUCGUCCUCGACGAUAACCCCAUCACCGUCCUCCCCGCCGAAGUCGGUCAACUCCAGUACCUGCGUCGACUCAAGUUGGAACGGUGCCCGCUUGUUCGAGAGUUUGUCCAUUCGCCCGUUCAUUCGCCACCGACGCUGAUGGAACUGGCUGCGAGGGUGAUCUUGCGGCAGGGGAUGGUCGUCCCGCCGUUGAUGCCGUCCCAUUUGAAGGCUUACCUCCGGACGUCGCAGAGGUGUAGUUUCUGUGAUGGCCCAUAUUUUGAGUCGUCUGUCAAGCGGGGCAAGAUGAUUGAAAAGAAUGACGUCUUGGUCCCACUUGAGUAUACACUUUGCAUGCCGCAUUGGAACACGGAGAUGGAACGCGUCAAAUUGUUGUUUGGGCCUCGUCCAGUGACGUCUCCUAAACCUCGUACUUCUCGACAGACAGCUGCCGCGGCGGGACUGUUGACUACGGCCGAGAAUGGAGCGGCAGCGGCAGCGGCAGCGACGGCGGGGGUGACUACAACGGCUACAACGGCAACUCGACGACACAUGAAAUCAGAAUCGGCUGGCCCAGUCUUGUCCUCGACUGCUGCAAGCGUACUAGGAGGUGGCAGUUUCUCACCAGUCUCGGCCAGUCCAGUCGGACAAGCACCUCUCACCUUCUCCUUGGCCCCUCUUGGCGCGACUGCAACCACUGUACCGCCAAUUUCCGAGACAGCAAGUCCGAGUAGCACCAAUGACAGUAGUACUCGCAAGAGACGUGGAUUCCGCUCAAAACUGGGCUCCUCUAGCGGUAGCGGUAUCUGGGCUGCCACUCUUGGAUCCGGAAACGGUGGCAGUGGGGGUAGCAACAACAAUGGAUGGUUCUCGUCGUCCAACAACAAUAGCGAGACCAACCUUACAUCCGCGGAUGCAUUACCACCCUUGAGAACCUCCUCCUCGGUCAGCACCAUGGCUUCCAUCGCAACCGCUGCGGGGGUCUGUGGAAUCACAACAACAACAACAACAACAACAUACCCCGAGCUGGCGAGCAUCACGCCGCCGCCACCACCACCACCGCCACUCAACUCACGGUCAUCGUUUUCGUCACGAACAAAGAAGUCGCGUUUCAUGAACCCGUUUGUAUCGUCUCGUGGUAGUAGCAGUGGUAGUAUUGUAGGUCUUGCAGGAGGUGGUGGAGAACGACGAGGCUCGUCCUCUCCUUAG